UCCCAGUAUUGAAGUUUGCCAAGACGGAAACGUAGAAAAAAUAGUUAACCAAAGAAAUAAAACGCAGAAAACACUCUUCACUUUACAGUUUUAUUGACAAAAGAACAAUUUAUUUGUAGUCCAAUGAAAAUGUAAUUGGAAUUGUGAAUUCACCACUUACCAUUGAGUCGCAAAUUCUCGCAAAGUGCGGCUGCCACAACUACAACGUCGAAGACGUAAACGAAAGAAAAAACAAAAAGCUCACGGUUGAACAUCAUCACCAUCAUGUUUUGGGACAAGAACGAUUCACCCUCACAGAAUAUUGAGGCUCUACUGGAGAAGGAAAACGUCACAGUUGAAGAGUUUUUGGAAGAGGACGACAUCAUACAAGAAUGUAAAACUUACAAGAAAUGCAUUGUCAACUAUUUUACUCGCCCAGAUGUCAUUAAACGUAUGAUUGAAUUAAUAACCACAGAACCUGCAGAGGAUUUGCCAUUGGCCCUACGUUUUCGCCAUGCCAAUGUCGCUUGUGAAAUUUUAUUGCUCGGCCUACCGUCCUUAGAUGAGAAAUUGAUCUCCGAUGAAGAUACAUUAAAAAUGCUAUAUUCAUAUCUGGAAAAUGAACCACCGUUAAAUCCAUUGCUAGCGUCGUUUUUUAGCAAGACAUUUAGCAUGCUCUUUACCAAAAAGUCUGAUCAAGAUUGGUUUUUGUAUCAACAAUUGUGCCUAAAACUUAUGGAGUUUUUAAAAACGCAAAAUAAUUUUUUGGAUUUGAUGUGCAAGCAUUUCAGCACGCCCGUUAUACCCGAUAUCAUAGUGGAGUUGAUGCGCAAUGUUGAAGGUGCCCAAUUGAAGAGGAGUAUGUAUGAGUGGUUAAAUGAAGAAAGACUGGUUGAAAAACUUAUUGACAUUAUUGGUGAUCCUGAACAAAGCGAUAAGCACGUAAAUGUUGCUGAAUUUCUCUGUGAUCUUAUACACCAGGGACGUACUAUGCGUCAAACUGAAAAUGACACUUUUGAGCCGAUUUUUAAAGUUUCCAAUCCUAUAUUGAAAAGUAUCGAAAGUGCUACCACUUUAUUUGCCUUGUUUAAUGUGAUCCUGCAACCAAAUGCUCUCGAGAGUGCUAUUGUAUCUGGCAUUACGGUUGUACUUAAAGUUAUCAAAAUGGUUAGUGUGAUGGAUGAACGUGAUGACCGUUGGCUCUAUAUACAAGCUCGUGAGCAGAAGGUACAUGACGAAUUUUUAACGACUGUGAUGCGUGUUAUUGAACCUCAACUAAAGUCCUUUAAUGAAUUACUUAGGAACCCGCCAAAAAAAGACGAUAUCAUUACAUCAGCUGCUGUACUCUCGCCGCCAUUUGGAAUGACCCGCUUGCAAGUCUGCCGAAUUUUUACGGUAUUGCUGGAAACUAAAAAUGAGGAGAUUACCAAAGCCAUCUGUGCAACAGAUUUCUUUGAUAUUCUGCUUUCACUCUUCAAGCAAUACAGCUGGAAUAAUUUCCUUCACAGUGAAGUGGAAAAGUGUAUUCAUAUCGCGUUUAAAAGUACGAAUCUUAAAAAACCUAAACCCAAAACCGGAACUGAACCCGAAACAAUUGAAAACAUGCUAGACGAUAUAGUGGAUAUUGAAUUCAACUUUAUGAAUGAAUCAGAAGUUAAAGAGAGAGACCAAAACGGAGAGAUUCUUCCGUCCGCCAUACAAACUCAUCUUAUUGUAAAUUGUCGCCUGAUUUCAAGACUUAUAGAGUGCUGGACAUUGAACCGGGAAAAUGAAACGGAAAAGAAAGGUCGUCGUUUGGGUUAUAUGGGACAUUUGAUAAAAAUCUGCAAACAUAUUUCAGAAUGUAUAACAGAAUCGAAACAUAUCGGUGCCUUAGUUGACAGUAAUCUAAAAGACGAUACAGAACGUGAGCUAUGGAAAUCCAUAGUGGAUAGCACAGAUGGUGAACUAACGCAAGCGUUGAAAAUCCAAAGCAAACUUUUGGCAAAUUGUGAGGCCAGUGACUACGAUGUAUCGCUGGACUUCCUAACUGACAAUGACUUUUCAGAUGCUUUCAACAACCUGUGUGCUGUCACGGACUCCAUGGACACAGACUUUCUUUUUACACUUGAUUACAAUACCCAACAUGAUUCUGAUGACGAUGAUGGAGGGGACGGCAAUGAUAGUGAUGAUCAUAAUGAGAACAGCAACGACGACGAAGGUCAAGACAACCAACAAGUCACAAAUGCUCUCAAUUUGUUUCAGUUCGGUCGCAGCAACGACGAUGACGAUGAUGACGAAGAGGACAAUGGCACAUCUGGAGAUGUGCUUUCGUUCGACGCCAAGUUGAAACUGUUUACAGCGACAAGUAAUCCUUGGGACACGAAUGACGAAUUGUAUAUCUUUAAGUCUUCGCCGUCUUUGGCAUGGCCUCAGGAAGCCUCGACCACCGACAAUUUUGCCGAUUUUGAUGCUCAUUUCAGUUCCUUUGCCAACGACAUGAGUGACAGUUUAACAGGAGCUACUUCGGGGACAACGCCAGCGGCCAGUAAUGAUAACAUUGGAGAUUGUCCGACACCACGGCCGGAAGAUAGCACCGGUAAUAAUUUUACAAACGCCCCAGCUACGUCUGCAACAACUUCCGAAGAAUACGACAACAAUGCGAAUGUCGAAAAAUUGGCAUGGCCCGGCGAACUCUCAUCAUUCCAUUCAAGACAAACGUUUGUAGAUGAUUAUGAAGAUGACGACGGUAUGUGGACUAAACCCCUUGGCGGCGCAUCAGCAGAAAAUGACGUGCCUGAGGAGGAGGAGAAGGAGAAAAAAGAUGCUGAUAAAAUUACAACUUGUGAUGAUGAAGAUAACGUCGAUGGUAAAAUGGAAAACACGUCUGCGUUAACAAAUGGUCCUACUAAAAGUACAGAAGACGAACCAGUCACAGCAAUAGAUAACGAGGAAAAGAAGGCUGAAACAAAUCAAUUGAAUAGUUCAGAAAAUGAACAACCUGCACAAGAAGAUGACAACAAUACCAACAUCACAACAUCGAAAGAAGAAAAUGUUGAUAAAGAAGUGAAUGAUGUUAAUAAGGAUAUUAAUAAUGAGGAAGAGGAGUUAAUAAAUAAGCACAAAUCAAUCACAAUAGAGACAGAGAGCAAUGUUAAGGAUACAAAGGAGACAACAGCGGCUGCUGCUGUUAUCACAACGGCUUUAACAACAACAUCAACAGAUAAUUCUACAACUUUGUCUCAUACAUAAGUACGUACACACAUACAAAUCCACAUCAUAUAUAUAUAAAAAAGAAAAUUAAAUAAUUAAAUAUAUAUAUAUUUUUAUAGUUACGUCUCAUACGCUUAAAGCGAAGUAUGUGCUGCUCACUUAAAAUUACCGAAACACUAAA